AUGUCGGGCCCCCAGGGUGGAGGAGACUCCAAGUUGUUUGCCAGGGGCAAGGUUGCUGAGCUGCGACUCGAGCUGAACAGCGGCGGCAAGAAGGACAAGAACAAUGUGAACAAAAAGAUCGCCCUCAAGAAGAUUGUCGCCAACAUGACCAUGAGCAACAAUGACAUGGUCGCGCUGUUUCCCGACAUCAUCAGUUGUAUGCAUAUCCAGAGCCUGGAGAUCAAGAAGAUGUGCUUCUUGUUCCUAGUCAACUAUGCGAGAAUGCGACCUGAAAUUGCCAUACAGGCCAUUCCUGUCCUGGAGCAGGACAUGGAGGACCACAAUCCACUUGUCAGAGCUCUUGCCCUCCGAACAAUGUCCUACAUCCACGUAAGGGAAUUCGUCGAAGCGACUGUGCCCCUAGUCAAGCACAUGUUGAAGGAUGCGGAUCCAUACGUCAGGAAAACGGCAGCGUUCUGUGUCGCCAAGCUUUACGACCACGACCGGCGUACAGUUGAGGGUUCCGACCUGAUCGACAGGCUCAACACCCUGCUCAGAGACGAUAACCCGACCGUGGUCGCCAGCGCAUUGGCAUCGCUGAUGGACAUAUGGGAGCGAAGUGACGCCAUCAAGCUCACUAUCGAUUACAGCAAUGCAUCCAAAAUGGUGGCUAUUCUCCCCGACUGCUCAGAAUGGGGCCAAACAUACAUCCUCGAGGCACUCAUGUCCUAUGUUCCCCAGGAGUCGGGGGAAGCCUUGCUUCUUGCCGAGCGCAUUUCGCCGCGCCUUUCGCACUCCAACUCGGCUGUGGUACUGACUUGCAUCCGUGUCGUGCUCUAUCUGAUGAACUAUAUCUCGGACCAGAGGCAGAUCACAAUGCUAUGCAAGAAGCUAUCACCCCCACUGGUGACUCUUCUGGCAAAGGGACCCGAGGUGCAGUACCUUGCUUUGAGGAAUGCGCUCUUGAUCUUGCAGCGUCGGCCGGAAGUGUUGCGCAACGACAUCCGCGUCUUCUUCUGCAAAUACAACGACCCCAUCUAUGUCAAGGUCACGAAGCUGGAGCUCAUCUUCAUGCUCGCCAACGAGGGCAACAUCGACGAAGUUCUCACGGAGCUUAGGGAGUACGCGACCGAGAUCGAUGUUCACUUCGUCCGCAAGGCCGUGCGCGCCAUUGGCAAGUUGGCGAUCAAGAUUGAACCGGCGUCGCGGCAGUGCAUCAACCUGCUCCUCGAGCUGGUUGCAACCAAGGUCACAUAUAUCGUGCAGGAGGCGACGGUCGUCAUAAGAAACAUCUUCCGCAAGUAUCCCAACCAAUACGAGUCCAUCAUCGGCACGCUGUGCGAGCAUCUCGACUCGCUGGACGAGCCGGAGGCGAAGGCCGCUAUGGUGUGGGUCAUCGGGCAGUACGCGGACAGAAUCGAGAACAGCGAGGCCCUGCUCGAGGACUUCCUGUACUCGUUCGCGGAGGAGCCGGUCGAGGUGCAGCUGGCGCUGCUAACAGCGACGGUCAAGCUUUUCAUCCAGCGACCGACCAAGGGCCAGGAGCUGGUGCCCCGAGUGUUGAAGUGGGCAACGGAGGAGACGGACAACCCGGAUCUCCGAGACCGAGCCUACAUGUAUUGGCGCCUGCUGUCGACGGACAUGGCGGCGGCGAAGCAGAUCGUCAUGGGAGAGAAGCCGCCAAUCACGGCCGAGUCCGAGCGGCUCGACCCGGCGACGCUGGAGGAGAUGUGUCUCAACGUGGGGACGCUGGCGACGGUGUACCUAAAGCCAGUGCAGACGGUGUUCAGGUCGGCGCGGCCGAGGAAACUGCUGGACUCGCCGGCGCUGCAGAAGCACCUGCUCCCGACGUCGAUCGAGAACCAGAAGAGCCUAAGCAUGCUGGGGAUGGGCGGGCAGGCGCAGGACGCGAGCAUGCACAGCCAGCACGUCAGCCAGGCGGAUGGGAACUUGUCGCAGGCGGUCAAUGACGCGGACGCCUACUUCAACAGCAUCGGGCCGCAGCAGAUGGCGGCCAUGCGGAUCGACCAGGGCGACGUGUUUGGUGAGACGACAGGAUACGAGACCGGGUACGUGGUGAACCAGCAUGCGCCUCAGCAGGUGGUGCAGCCGGCGCAGGGGAGCAACGGGGAUCUUUUGGUUCUGUGA